AUGAAGAAUCGUAGUGCGGCGAUGUAUGCUGCUGCAGGGUUCAUCUCUGUAUUGGGCUUGAGCUAUGCAGCCGUACCACUAUACCGCGCCUUCUGCUCGGCCACAGGAUACGGCGGCACUCCUAUAACAGACCCUUCACGCUACGCAGAGCCCUCGCGAUUGGUCCCCUCGUAUCAAGACCCACUAAACAAUGCUAAGAUGACUGAGCGUAUUCGGGUGUCUUUUAAUGCCAGCACAUCGGACCAAAUUCCGUGGACCUUUACCCCAGAACAGCGCGAGAUCUAUGUUCUCCCCGGCGAGACAGCAUUGACCUUCUUUAAGGCGCAUAACAGCAGCGAUCAGGAUAUUAUUGGUAUUGCGACAUACAAUGUGAUUCCAGACCGCAUUGCCCCUUACUUCAACAAGAUUGAGUGCUUCUGUUUCGAAGAGCAAAAGAUUAGAGCAGGUGAAGAAGUGGAUUUGCCCGUGUUCUUCUUCCUUGACAAGGAAAUGCUGGAAGACAAGGAAACACGCGACGUGAAAGACGUCAUCUUGGCGUACACGUUCUUCAGCGCACGACGCAAUCCAGUCAAUGGUCAACUAGAACCCGAUACAGAUCUUUCGCAGUAUCGCGUAGGGAAAGACUCAUUGUAG